AUGGACACAGCCUCAAACACCAUCGACAGAACCAUGGACACAGCCUCAAACACCAUCUACAGAACCAUGGACACAGCCUCAAACACCAUCGACAGAACCAUGGACACAGCCUCAAACACCAUCUACAGAACCAUGGACACAGCCUCAAACACCAUCUACAGAACCAUGGACACAGCUUCAAACACCAUCGACAGAACCAUGGACACAGCCUCAAACACCAUCUACAGAACCAUGGACACAGCCUCAAACACCAUCUACAGAACCAUGGACACAGCCUCAAACACCAUCGACAGAACCAUGGACACAGCCUCAAACACCAUCGACAGAACCAUGGACACAGCAUCAAACACCAUCGACAGAACCAUGGACACAGCCUCAAACACCAUCUACAGAACCAUGGACACAGCCUCAAACACCAUUGACAGAACCAUGGACACAGCCUCAAACACCAUCGACAGAACCUUGGACACAGCCUCAAACACCAUCUACAGAAACAUGAACACAGCCUCAAACACCAUCGACAGAACCAUGGACACAGCCUCAAACACCAUCGACAGAACCAUGGACACAGCCUCAAACACCAUCGACAGAACCAUGGACACAGCCUCAAACACCAUCGACAGAACCAUGGACACAGCCUCAAACACCAUCGACAGAACCAUGGACACAGCCUCAAACACCAUCGACAGAACCAUGGACACAGCCUCAAACACCAUCGACAGAACCAUGGACACAGCCUCAAACACCAUCUACAGAACCAUGGACACAGCCUCAAACACCAUCUACAGAACCAUGGACACAGCCUCAAACACCAUCGACAGAACCAUGGACACAGCCUCAAACACCAUCGACAGAACCAUGAACACAGCCUCAAACACCAUCGACAGAACCAUGGACACAGCCUCAAACACCAUCUACAGAACCAUGGACACAGCCUCAAACACCGACAGAACCAUGGACACAGCCUCAAACACCAUCGACAGAACCAUGGACACAGCCUCAAACACCAUCGACAGAACCAUGGACACAGCCUCAAACACCAUCUACAGAACCAUGGACACAGCCUCAAACACCAUCGACAGAACCAUGGACACAGCCUCAAACACCAUCGACAGAACCAUGGACACAGCCUCAAACACCAUCGACAGAACCAUGGACACAGCCUCAAACACCAUCGACAGAACCAUGGACACAGCCUCAAACACCAUCGACAGAACCAUGGACACAGCCUCAAACACCAUCGACAGAACCAUGGACACAGCCUCAAACACCAUCGACAGAACCAUGGACACAGCCUCAAACACCAUCGACAACCAUGGACACAGCCUCAAACACCAUCGACAGAACCAUGGACACAGCCUCAAACACCAUCGACAGAACCAUGGACACAGCCUCAAACACCAUCGACAGAACCAUGGACACAGCCUCAAACACCAUCGACAGAACCAUGGACACAGCCUCAAACACCAUCGACAGAACCAUGGACACAGCCUCAAACACCAUCGACAGAACCAUGGACACAGCCUCAAACACCAUCGACAGAACCAUGGACACAGCCUCAAACACCAUCGACAGAACCAUGGACACAGCCUCAAACACCAUCGACAGAACCAUGGACACAGCCUCAAACACCAUCGACAGAACCAUGGACACAGCCUCAAACACCAUCUACAGAACCAUGGACACAGCCUCAAACACCAUCGACAGAACCAUGGACACAGCCUCAAACACCAUCGACAGAACCAUGGACACAGCCUCAAACACCAUCGACAGAACCAUGGACACAGCCUCAAACACCAUCGACAGAACCAUGGACACAGCCUCAAACACCAUCUACAGAACCAUGGACACAGCCUCAAACACCAUCGACAACCAUGGACACAGCCUCAAACACCAUCGACAGAACCAUGGACACAGCCUCAAACACCAUCUACAGAACCAUGGACACAGCCUCAAACACCAUCGACAACCAUGGACACAGCCUCAAACACCAUCUACAGAACCAUGGACACAGCCUCAAACACCAUCUACAGAACCAUGGACACAGCCUCAAACACCAUCUACAGAACCAUGGACACAGCCUCAAACACCAUCUACAGAACCAUGGACACAGCCUCAAACACCAUCGACAGAACCAUGGACACAGCCUCAAACACCAUCGACAGAACCAUGGACACAGCCUCAAACACCAUCGACAGAACCAUGGACACAGCCUCAAACACCAUCGACAGAACCAUGGACACAGCCUCAAACACCAUCUACAAAUCAGUGGACGCUACACAUGUAAUUACCCGGGAUGCGUCUCGGCGGCUACAUCAAACGCGAGCGCUUGCUAACGACGUCCUCCCUCGUGCCUUCUUGCGUUUGUGCCGGGCACCUGCCGCCGGAGCACAAAAGAGAGAAGGCCCACUCUGCGCUCAAGAGGCCGCGGCGGAGAAAAGGGACGGAGUGGGUUUGUCAGGACGGGGGAGGACAAAGGAGCAAGCGAGGUGGCCUGAGCCGUUAGCCACGCGCCGGGAUGGUGUCCGCCGGGGGAGACGGGGGAGAGUGGGGGAGGGUGGGGGAGGCAGCUGCGUGUGCUUCAGCCCCGGGUUCAAUGGAAGAGAGGAGGAGGUAGAAAAGCCCAGGUGUGGCCAUAGAGAUGGAGAGGCGGCGGUGGCUAGCCUCUGCGGUCGCGUCUUCGGCUCGAGCGCAGGUCGAGCCGAAGACUCUUCUCGGCGGGAAUCGUUCCUUUCAGAGCUGCCGCCUUGA